GUUCAAUAAUUCACAAUAAUAAUGGAAAAGAACGAAAUUUGUAGUUAUUUUAAUAAAACGAUUAGAAUAGGCUAUGAAAUAGGAUAUGAAAAGGAUAUAUCAGAUGGUAUGGCUGCUAUUAGCACACUUUUAAAAGUUUUAGAAAAAUCAAAAUCAGAAACAGUACAAGAAUUACAGUACUGCCUCCAAUAUGCUGUGGAUGCGAUGAGAUUAACCAAUCGUCCUGUAACGGCUAUAGCUUCGGGAAGUGAACUUUUUCUUAGAUUUAUUACUUUAACUUCCCUCGAUACUCCUUCAUUUGCAGAAUGUAAAAAAAUUAUGUUGCAAAGGGGAAAAAUAUUUUAUGAAAAAUUAAUUGCUGCGAGAGGGAAAAUUGCUAAAUUAGCCUCAAAUUUUAUUACGGAUGGAUCGAAAAUUCUUACGCAUUCACGAUCUAGAGUUGUAUUACAAACAAUGAAAGAAGCAGCGAGUAAUAAUAAACUUUUUGAAGUUUAUGUAACGGAAUCGUCUCCAGACAGUAGUGGGACAAAAAUGUGUCAAAAUCUUAAAGAUCUUGGCAUUCGUUGUACAUUGAUAUUAGAUUCGUCUAUGGGUUACAUAAUGGAGCAAGUUGAUAUGGUAAUGGUUGGAGCUGAAGGCGUUGCAGAAAGCGGUGGCAUUAUCAACAAAGUUGGAACCUACACAAUGGCUAUUUGUGCCAAAGAAAUGAAGAAGCCACUCUAUGUUCUUACAGAAAGUUUCAAAUUUUCGAGAAUUUAUCCUCUUAAUCAAGUAGAUCUUCCUGAUGAAUUUAAAUAUACAUCUAGUACAUUAGGAAAAGAUCUUCGAAAAGAGCAUCCAUUAGUUGAUUAUACACCUCCUCAAUAUAUUAGUCUCCUUUUCACAGAUCUUGGAAUACUAACACCAUCAGCAGUUAGUGACGAACUUAUAAAACUUUAUCUUUAAUAAAUGUAAAAUAGAUAAAAUUUUCUACU